AACUUCCCGCGUCAUGAAAAUGAGAACCGUUUCUGUCACAUUCGCGUAGCGUAAUAUGGUUCCGUCAACCCAAGGCUAGCAUUGCAAGUAGCUUUCUCACUGUUUGUGUGCUCCAUUCUUCUGGGCAGAAAUUCUGCUUCAAACAUCCUCACCAAGACCUCACCACACCUUCACCAUGGCCAGCCAAGACACCCCAAUGACGACACAGGCCGCCCCGGUCAUGAUCGAUCCUUCCAUCUUCGAGUACCUCAAGUCCCACGGUGAGCAAGAGCUCGAGGUGAGCGAGAACCUCUCUAGGAUAGUGAGCUCGCUCAACCGGCACGUUGCAAUCGCCCAAGGCCACCUCAGCCGAAUCCAUGCAACACCGAACGCCAAUCGUCCCGCGCUCCUCGCUCAGAUCGAGAAGGACGGCAUUCAGCCAGAGAUUGCGACGGUAGCGGAGCUCGCACAAUAUGCUUCAAAGUUCCCCUACUACAAGUACAACGGGCGGUGGUCCCGGGCAAUGCAGAACGUCGUGAGCACCAUCCUGCUGACCGCCUGGUUGGGUGGCUUGGGCACUGAGAGCCGACCUGGCGAGCUCGGACGGCUGCUCUCGAUUGAUGAGGUCGGUGAGCUGCUUCAAGUGCCGGUCAACCUCAAAGACCGGGAUGCGUUCCACCUCACGAUCGAGGAGUACCUCCUCGCCCUCACCGAGAUCUGCGACGAGCUGAGCCGUCUGGCCAUGAAUUCGGUCACCCUCGGCGACCCAGAACUCACGGUCCGCAUCAGCAGCUUCAUCAAGGAUCUAUUUGCCGGCUUCCAGUUGCUGAAUCUCAAGAACGACAUCCUGCGCAAGCGGGUAGACAGCGUCAAGUACUCGGUCAAGAAGGUCGAGGAUGUCAUCUACGACUUGACACUCCGGAAUCUCAUUCCCAAGCCGGAGGCGUCUGCUUGAAGUUCUACGAAGGCAUGAGGGUCACCAGACGGCGAAGGACUAUUAUUGCUCAUACGUGCG